AUGUACAUGGCUGAAGCAAUUGGAAUUUUAUUUCUCAAAUUUAAAUCCGCAAACUUGAGUGUCCCAAUGAAACCUGCAAUUCAGGAUGAAUUAUUUGAUAUCAUCUCUCCCCCGUUCCUUAGCCAAAUCUUCCCUUGUAGAGGCCAAACUAACUGAAGAUGAGCUUAAAGAUGAAAGAGUUAACAGAGCAGCCAGUCUUCUAACAGCUUUUAAAACAAUCGCAACGGUUAGUUGCUGGUGUGAACCGAAAGUUAUGUGUUUGAUAUUUCACGCAACCAUGGAACAGAAGUUGGAUCAUAAAAUUGUUGCCAAGGUUCUUCGUCAAAUCAGUUCAACUCUUGGCUAUGAUUCACUCAGUGAUUUCAUCAAGACUCACGUUGGUCGUAUUAUUGACAGUUGGUUAAGUCAUGGUUUCAAAUUGGCUGAUUUUCCAUUUCAAGCUUUAGAAUUCAAGUCACUUGCUGAUUUCCUAAGGACGCAUCAUGCUUUGGUUAUGCCACACUUAAUUUGGCGCUUCAAAGAGACAGAAUCACUGAAAACAAUUGGUAAAGAGAUUGGGAAUGACGAAGAUUGGACAGAAUUUCUUGUUCAGGAUUUCUGCAAAAUAAUGUCAAUCAUUGUGCCAUCAUUCGCUGAACAAAGUCGCCAGAAACCUGCAAGUCAAGAACUGGAAUUAGACAAACGAAGAGCUUAUGAUUCUCAUAGUUUUGUUGAAAAUAUUCUUCAAAAAAAUGUUACAGACAAACUGAUGGUGGCAAAGUUUGAUGAACUGAUUGUUGAACUUUUGUUAAAAAUGCAUGACUCGCCAAGCGAAUUAUCCGAUGUUUCUCAAUUCAUCAGAGAUUACGAUCCUCCUACAGAAAGACCUCAUUUCACAUCCCAUGCAAUCAAUGCAACAUUAGAUUACCUAACGAAUUGUCACGAUGGCUCUAACACACUGGUGUCUAUCUUGUGUAAAAGGAAGGAAAAUAUCCAGAAGAUUCUGCUUCGUUUGUCUGAAUAUUUGGAAGGGACUCACGUAUUUCACAAGAGGCGAUCAUUUCUAUCUAUGUAUCGUUUGUUUGUUCUGCUCUUACUUGAAGAAUUAAAUCAAGGUUUAGCCGGAUCCUGGGCAUUCGUAGUCAGAGAUAUUGUUUACACCUUAAUAAGGACUAUAUCACGUCAUAAUUCAAGAAAUGUCUUGAGAAUUAUUGGCUUGAUACGUGAUGAAGAAAUACAGAUUGAACUCGACAGUGAUAUAUUCACUGCAAGUUGUGAUUUGCUUUAUCAAGUUUGUAAAGUUGCAUUAUCUUGCUGUCCACAGGAAAUUGGGCAUCAUCUUCUUGACAUCGUGAAUGAAAUCAUCCCAUUUGUAUUGACAAAAGAUGGCCGAUCAAAGAAGGCGAUCGCUUUACUGAAAUUCCUGAUUGUCGAUAACCAAUCAUGUUUGGAAUCUUUUAUCUCUUGUCUUGAUCCAUUCCCUGAUCAACCUCAGUUUGCGAUGCUUAACGAAACUUACUGGUCUGUACGAAAAAAGAACGACACCUUGUCAGCAGAAAUUGAACAUUUUCUUUCGGUGAGUGGCCGAUGUCGCUCCAUGUCAAGUGUAGAAGGUCUUCGUUUUCUACGUUCAAGAUUUAGACAUGAAAAUGAACUUCAAGAAGCAAUGAAAACUGGUCUCAAUGAUUCACUACUUGGUGGUUUACCUAUAAAACUAUUGAAGCGCUUAUUACUUUUGUGUAAAAACUCAUCAAACGAGGUGAAAAUUGAAGCAGGAAAACUCGUCGCCGAAAUUGGGUCACCCACUGUAUACGUAUCGUCUUUAAGUCCUUCCACAUCUCAAGCUAUAGAGAACUACAGCUAUAGCAAAGCAUGCCAAGCUUUUAAAGGAGAUGAAGAUAGUUGUCGAAACUGCCGAAUUCUUCACGUACUCAAUGAUUGCCUUAUCGAUAGAGACAUAAAAAAGGUCGCUGUGGCAGCUUCGUGUUUAAAAAACGUUCUCAGUAAACCCAGCAUUGUCAUGUUGAUGAAAUGUUACGAAGAAAAAAAAAUUGACCAUCUUUUUGGAUAUCUCGAUCCUUUCAAACCCACGAAACGAAAAAAGAAAACCGAAAAAGAAGAAGGGAAAUCAGAAGUUCCAAGUUUCUUGGCGAUCGUAAAAGAUUGUGAUCUUUGGAAUCCCAAGACGUUCAACAACCAUUCUGAUUGGAUAUCAUCAUUAACUUCAACAAUCAUAGAUAGUGGUGUCAUUAAAGAUGAAGUACUUCGCUGUUUGUCGCCAAUCUGUCAAGUACAUACUCCGUUUGCUGACUUGGUUUUUCCAUAUCUUUGUCACGACAUACUGUUGAACUCCGGUCAUAAUGAAACAUAUCGCGAGCUUAUGUCAGAACAAAUCCAAAGAUUGUUUCGAUCUCACGUGACCUCGUCUAAAAAUCAGAGUAGAGCCAGUACUCCACUCAUUACUAAAAAUGAAAAUGGUGCUUUAGAUGCAGCAAGUGACGAUUCUGUUCAUUCAAUUUUGAACGUGAUCAAUUAUCUGCGGGAACAACCGCGACCUGCCAAGACUGGGACAUUUGGCACGUCUUGGGACAGCAAUUUUUGGCUAGAUUUAAAUUAUUUAGAGCUAGCAGAGGCUGCUUUGAAAAGUUCUGCCUACUAUACUGCAAUAUUGUAUGUCGAAAUAUGGAAAGAUAUGCAAAAGUCUGUGUCCUCCCGCUCACUUGAAUCAAGUUUAGACUCCCAGGAUGUUGCUAUGGAGAUAUGCAGUGAAAGUACGGAGGGAGGUUCUGAGGCAGAUUAUCAAAGAAUUUUAUUUGAAGCUUAUUCUUCCAUUGGUGAACCUGAUGCAUUUUAUGGAUCUGGAGUUUCAACUGAUCUCAAAGCCAGAAUAUAUUCUUACGAACAGGAGAAACAUUGGGGAAAAGCUCUGAGAACAUACGACUUGUAUUGUCGUCAGUCCGAUAACAAGCCUUGUGUUGGAACUGUUCAGGCUUUAAAGACGUUUGGGCUUGAUCACAUAACGUUCCAAUAUCUGAAAGGGUUGGAAUAUGAAAACCAAACCGAGUUUGCGGAACUUCAAUACGAAGCAGCCUGGCGAAAUGGAAUCUGGGACAUUGAUCAGAAUGUCAGUGAUCGAUUUGCAGCUGUCAACGAAGGUUUUAAUCAGUGCGUUUACCAUAACAUCCAGUCCCUGAGAAACAAAGAUUUAAAGUUGUUUAAUUUUUCACUUGAUGAAUGCAGACUUAAAAUUGCCGAAGAAUUAUGUAGGACAAAUACCGAAAGUCUUUGCGAAGUUUAUCCUCAGAUAAUACGGUUACAAUGUUUGGAAGAGCUCGAGCAAGCGAGAAAUAUUCGUUACAGCAACGAUGAUUAUCGUAUUUCGCUUGAUCAGUGGAUUAUGGAUAUUCCAGAAAGUUUCUAUGAAUUUUAUUUAUUGGAGCCAAUAUUAUCGCUUAGGACUGUCCUAUUACAACAACUUCUUUUACUUUCUCGAGAUGAUUCAACAGCUGUAGGGAUGACACAAUGUUUCUUAUCUUCAUUGGUUAAGCAUUGUGAGAUGGUAUCAAAACUUGCAAGACAUGCUGGUUCUUAUCAGUUUUCAGAAAGGGCAAUAGCGGCAUUGAAGGAGCUGAGAUCAUGCGAAGAUUUUAUAACAACAAGUUACUCUUGGAAGAUCGAGGAGGCCAAAGUAUUUUGGUGUCAGGGAGAGCAUGAAACGGCCAUGUUUCAGUUGAAACAAAUCAACAAAGCUGUGAAAAAUAACCCUGAAACACUAGGUCUUUACGGUAGUUGGCUGGCCGAGACACGUUCGGAAAAUCCAAACACAAUUAUGGAGAAAUAUUUAGAAAAGGCUGUUGACCUUGUGAUGUCGUGUAGUGGAAAACAGGAGUCUUCAAGUGAGGCGUUUUUGUGUCUCGCUCGAUUUGCUGACAGUCAGUACAGGAAUAUUGAGGAUUAUAUGAAGUCCUGGGCAUUUGAAAACAAGCGUUCAGUAAUGAAUAAAUUAAAGUCUGAGGUGGCAAAUCUUAAAGAACACGGAGUAGACAAUUGUCGUUACUUGCGUGAGUUAAGUUUGCAAAGUCAAUCUGAUGAACAAGAGUUGACACAAAUGAGAGAAGAUCGUCUUAAAUAUUUACAAAAAGCUUUAAAAAAUUACAUUAGAUGUCUCCAAGUUGGGGAAAAGCACGAUCUACAAAUUUUCAGAAUUUGUUCGUUGUGGAUGGAGAAUUGUGAAGACGAUUCGAUAAACAGGAUUGUUAAGGAAGGAGUAUUUUUAGACACUGGGAAAAUGUCAGUAGCAUCAAGGAAGUUUCUUCCUCUGAUGUAUCAGUUAGCAGCGCGACUUGGCGCUAAGACGCGGGAAAAUGAGUUGUUUCAAAAUGUCUUAAGAAAGUUGAUAAUUGAAGCAGCCGUGGACCAUCCCCAUCACGUGAUUUGGAUAAUAUUAGCGUUGAUUAACGCCGAUAAAGAUAGUAAAUAUUUGACUGGUGGAGGAAAGAAAGCCGGGAGAUUAUCUAAACGAUCCAAUCAGCAAUCUUCUGAAAGUUACGUUGAUGAGGAUCGUUUAAAGGCAGCUACUGCGAUAAUUGAAGACGUACGUAAGUCACAGCAAGCCACAGUCACCUCGAUGGAAAAACUGAGCGAAGCCUACAUUGAAUUGGCGUAUUACGACGUGGCUAAAUACAAAAGUCAAACAGGUCCAAUACCUCUGCCAGAUUUGACCUUAAAACGCAUUGCCUGCCUUAACAACGUCGCUUUACCUACAGUUGAUCUUCAGAUUGACCCAAGUUGUUCUUAUGAAAAUAUCAUUUCCAUUGCAAGAUUUGAACCAAAGUUCAGUUUAUGUGGGGGAAUAAAUUUGCCAAAAAUUCUACUCUGUGUUGGCUCUGAUGGUGUAAAGCGAAGGCAGUUAAUAAAAGGUAAAGAUGACUUAAGACAGGAUGCCGUAAUGCAGCAAGUGUUUAGAAUGGUCAACACGUUGCUUCAGAAGAACGUUGAAACAAGAAAACGUAAUUUGAAAAUGCGAACAUACAAGGUUGUUCCUUUGUCUCAACGUAGCGGUUUGGUUGAAUGGUGCGAGCAAACAAUGCCAUUGGGAAAUUAUCUUAUCGGAGUUCAGGGGAAAAGUCCUGUUGGUGCGCAUCAAAGAUACAAUCCUCGAGAUUUAUCUUCGUUGGAUUGUAGAAAGAAAAUGCAGAGCGUUGAUCGUACCGAUGUCGAUAAACGAUAUAAGAUAUAUAAGGAAAUUAUGGCAAGAUUCAGUCCUGUCUUCAGACAUUUUUUCUUUGAAAAAUUUUUGGAACCAUCUUUAUGGUUUGAAAAACGUCUUGCUUACACAAGAAGUGUAGCAACCGCAUCGAUAGUUGGUUAUAUUGUGGGUCUUGGCGAUCGUCAUGUCCAAAACAUACUGAUUGAUUGCAAUACUGCAGAACUUAUUCAUAUUGACUUAGGUGUCGCUUUUGAGCAAGGAAAGAUGUUGCCAACUCCGGAAACAGUCCCUUUUAGGUUGACUCGCGACUUGGUGGACGGGAUGGGAAUCUCUGGAGUCGAGGGCGUCUUUCGCAGAUGCUCUGAAGAAACCUUAAACGUUAUGAGACGUUCACAAGAGAAAAUAUUGACGAUAGUACAGGUGCUGCUUUUUGAUCCUCUGUACGCGUGGACAUUGAGUCCUUUGAAAGCUAUGUCAUUACAACGAAAACCUGAUAUGGACACAUCUAACGUCUCAAGUGCAGAUACAGUCCUAGAUAAUGGGAACGAGCAACGAAACAACUUAGAUGAAACCGCUGUAAACAAAAUGGCGGAACGAGUUCUUGUUAGGUUGAGACAAAAACUUGAAGGAGAAGAAGAUGGAACAUUACUAAGUGUUAAAGGACAGGUGAAUCAUUUAAUACGAGAAGCAAAAGACCCGAAAAAUUUAUGCCGGUUAUUCCCCGGAUGGCAACCGUGGAUAUAAAUAAUUAUUUUAACUGGAAUUGAUAUUUUGUAUGAAAUCAUUCUCAUAAUGUCAUGAAUAUUAUUCCCAGAAUAUUAUUGCCUUGACGUCAUUCCCAGUCUUUUCAUGCAACUUGAAACGCCAGCCUAGUUUACGAAAUAAACCUCCGCCUAAAAGCCUAAAAUUUGAAAUAUGUUUUGAUCCAAAGGCAAAGUUCAAGAGAAUUCGGUACAUGCGUUUUAAACUUUUAAUCCGUGAUUUUUUGACGACUUAAAGUUUACUAUUUUCUUAUAAAACUAACAACACAAAAAUUAAUCAAUGUCAAGUCGAUGUGCAUGAUGUGUC